AAUGCCAGUGAACUGCCGCCGUAAACAGCUUCUCUCAAAUAUUUGGCUAUAAAUUAAAGUGCUACUCGGCGUACUGCUUUAGUGGCUAACCAAAUGUGGUUCUGACUGUGGAAUACAAUGGAAUACUCGAAUCUUAAAAUCAGUUUGGUGCUUUGCAUCUGUGUGGUGCUCUGUGGAAUGGGUAGCAGUAAGGAACAGGAGCAGGAGACGGAGCAGGAAGUGGUUCUUUUGCCCGCUGAGCUGCUGGAGGCGGGAGAAACUGCACAGGCCCAAGAUGAGGGGAGUGUGGAGAGUGGUCGCACAGUGCGUCAAUACUUUGGAGCAUCACCCUUCUUCAGGCCGCGACCCUAUUACGGUGGCUUCGGUCCGCGACCCUACUACGGUGGCUUCGGUCCGCGACCCUACUACGGUGGCUUCGGUGGCGGCUAUGGUGGUGGCUUCGGUGGUGGUUAUGGCGGUGGCUUUGGCGGUGGCUUUCAACGCACUCGCGUCGUCACCCGCACUCGUGUUCGUGGUGGCUAUUAUGGUGGUGGUUUUGGAGGCGGCUUCUAUGGCUAAUGUUUGCCAAAACGCUUUGCAGCUGAUAUAUGUGAUAUUCCAUUGUACUACCUCAAUAAAUGUGUGAUGUUUUCUCGUUU